GAACAAAAAAUUAUAUCGGUAUCGUUAUCGGCUCUAACACUAAUUAAAUUGUAUAUAAUUGUAAAUUAUUUGUACCUAAAAGAAACACGUUAAUUACCUAUCAUGGCAACCUUGGAGGACAAGUUACUGGGCGAGAAACUGGAGUACUACUGCAGCAGCAGCGAAGGCGAGGACAACGGCGACGAUGGCGACGAGGGUGGCAGCAGCAAGGGAGCAGGGAAAUCUUCAUCCUCUGGACUCACCAUCGAUACGGAUCCGAAUGCUACUCCUGCGGGCGGUUUCCGCCAGCAGGGAUCCACAAAUACAGGACCCAAGGGUGUGGUCAAGGACUGGCAGAGGUUCAAGCAGCUCGAAGCCGAGCGUCGCGACGAGACGGAGCGCCAACGUCUGGCACUGGCCAAGAAGCUAACAAUGACCACGGCCACGGCGGCGGAGGAUGAGGAACGCAAGCGGCAGGAGGAGCUGGACGCCGAAUUGGACGAGCUGAUGAGCGAGGACUUUCUGCAGCAAUACCAGAAGCAGCGCAUGGCCGAGAUGCUGCGGCAGUCGGGCGGUCACCACCAGCAGUUCGGCAAGGUGCAGCAGCUCACAUCCCACAGCGAGUUCCUCGCCUGCGUGGAACAGGAAAACAAACACACCACCGUCAUUAUACACAUCUACGAGCGCAAUUUGUCCGCCUGCAGCACGUUGAAUCAAUGCCUGGACAGCCUGGCCACCGACUAUCCGUCCAUUAAGUUCGCCAAGAUCUGCAGUUCGGUGGCUGGCAUGAGCCGGGAUUUCCGUACCAAAGGCCUGCCUGCCCUGCUAGUCUACAAGGCCCAGGCUCUCAUUGGCAACUUCGUGCGACUAACCGAUGAUCUGAGCGACGACUUCUUUGCCUCCGAUGUGGAGAGUUUCCUCAUCGAGCACGGCAUCAUAGUGGAUAGAGCCCUGUACAAUUAAGUUAGCUUAGCGAAGCUCUUCAAGCUGGCAAGUAACGAAAGGGUUUUCACAAUAUAAUACAAAGGUCAACAAAAUCAAGGUGAAGAUGCAUCCCGAAGCCAGAGCCAGGUAGAGUGAGUCCUCUUAAUUCCAAAGCAGCUUGAAAGCCAAAGAAAACGAUUCAAAAUAACUAAAUGUAGAUGUUAUAGAAAUUAUGGAACAAUUUUAGGAAACAGACGGCCUACAAACUUCAAGAAUGUAAUUCCUUUUAAGCAAUUUAGAAUCUAAUCUUCACACUUUCUUUAAAAGACAGAAAACCAUUGGAAUCUCAGGUUAAACUAGAAUGGAACCUAACAUUUCUAUACCCUUACAAUGAAAAUCUAUCAUAACUAAGCCAAAAAUUCAUUAAUUUGCAAUCGGACAAC